AUUAAAUUAUCAUUCAUUCAUUUUUUUUCAUCUGUUUUUGUUGUGUAUCACAUUCUCUAUAGGUAUCACAUUAAUAUUAUAAUAUAUAACCAGUUAUUUUAUUUUAGAGCGUUUAUUUUAAAAUUAUGAAGAAACAAUCAAUUAUAAACUCUUAUUUUAAGUUAAAGUUAAACAAAUGUCAAGCAACAUCACCUCUACAAACUACUAGUAAUACUACAUCAGAAAUUUCAGAAACUGAUUCUUCUCAUAAUAUGAAUGAAGCUAAUCUAGAAAAUCAAGAGGAGGAAGAUGGAGUAGGAGAUUAUGGUGUUUCAUUAUUACAUUUUGAUUUUAAAACAAAUAAAGACGAAGAAGAGACUCAAUCAUCUUCAUCUAGCAGCUCAGUCUCUCAUUGUCAAGAAGCAACUAUGUCAAAAAAGUCCUCUAAUGGUUCAAUUCAAAUCCCUGGUGACCUUGGCCAGAAUAAACCAAAUCAAAUCAAAUUAAACAAUUACGCGAAAAAAGAUAUCCAUGGAAGGCAAAGAUCAUUUCAAAAAUCAUGGUAUAGAGGCCGAGACUAUGAUGAAUUUGGACAAACGGGAUUCAGAAAUUGGAAAAAUGCGUUAGCUGCCAAGAAGGGACUGCUUAAACACGAGAGCUCAAAAGCUCAUUUAAAUUCAAUUACAAUAUGGCAUGAUAAAAAUCAAAAUAUAAACAAUGGUACAGAAAUAACUAAAAUGUUGGGAGGUGAUCAAAUUAAUCGUAAUCAAUAUUAUAUUAAAUCAAUAUUUGAUUUGAUGCUGUUUCUUAGCAUACAAGAGCUACCUUUCCGUGGGACUGGUUCAACAAAUAUUACGGAUGCUGCAAAAGAUGAAAACAUAAUUUAUUCUUCUGGACUAUUUAUAGCAAUGUUUUCCUACACCAUCCAAAAAGACCCUGAAUUAAAUAAAAUUAUGAAAUUUAUACCCCAAAAUGCCCAGUAUACAUCACCACAGAUUCAAAACGAAGUAAUAUCCAUUAUGGCAGAUAUGGUGCUUGAACAUAUUUCAGACAAAUAUAAUAAAAGCGAGAUGCCUUUUUUUUGUCUUAAGGCCGAUGAGACAAAAGAUGCUUCAGGUUGUGAAAAUCUGAGCAUAAUAAUUCGCUAUAUUUUUUCUGGAGAAAUCCAAGAAAAUUUAAUAGGAAUCAUUAAUUUAGAGUGUCUUUCUGCUGAAAGCAUUACAGAUUGCAUUUUAAAGCAACUUAAUGAUCUAAAUAUUAAUUCAGCUAAUAUAAUAAGCCAGGCAUAUGAUGGUGCAAACGUUAUGUCUGGCCGAAAUGGAGGAGUGCAAACACUUCUUCAAAAAAAAUUAAUAAAAAUGUUCCUUUUAUACAUUGCUACAACCACAAGUUGCAUCUUGUGGCGUUUUAACGUAUCCUGUAAAUAUACAGGCCACACCCUUAAGAGACUUUUAGACCAGAGAUGGACUGGUCAUUUAGAAACAUCUCGCAUUAUUUAUGAGAAUUUUGAGGCUAUUGGUGAAGUAUUAUUUUACUUUUCUAAUAGAACUCUUAAUUCCGAGGUUUCAAUUCAUGAUUCAGUCGAAGCCUCUGGUCUUUUAUCUCAAUGUAUUAAUAUAAAUUACAUUAUAUUAGCCAUCAUAAUUUAUGAGAUAUUAAUUACAAUAGAUCCACUAAAUAAGUAUCUACAAUCAGUAGGUACUAAUUUAGUGGAUGCUAAAAAUUGUAUUGAUUCUACUAUCAAUAUAUUAAAAAAUAAAAGAAGUGAUAAUUCUUUUGCUUUGAUUAUGAUUAAGGCUGAAAAACUUUUAUCAAAAUUUAAUCUCACUCCCCAAAAAUCAUCACGGGUACGUAAAACGCCUAAAAAUUUCCAAGAUUUUUUAGUUGAUAGCAAACUAGAAUUCGAUUGUGAAAAAGACUCCAAUUGGAGUUCUUUAAAAAGGAUAUAUUAUGAAAUUAUAGAUAACUUUGUGGAUCGUUUUUUAGACCGAUUUACAGAAGAUGAUUUUAAUCUUUUUUCAUCUUUUAAUACAUUGUUCCCCCUUGACCCUGAUUAUUUUUUAUCAGAUAAAAUGGCCCCAUUAAAAUCCCUGUUAAACUUAAAUAUGGAAACACUGCAUCAUGAAAUGAAGAUAGCAAAAGGAUUGCUAGCUUCGGAAGCUAAAGAAAAUCAUAAUUUUGAAAACAUCUUACAUAUUAUGUAUAAAAAAAUAUAUAAUCAUGCAUUUAAAGAAUUAUAUAAAUGCUACUCAGCAGCGAUAAUCAUUGGGAUAUCAACGGCUUUUUGUGAGGCCUCGUUCUCUACAUUAAAGAGAGUUUUAUCGAGCAGUAGAGUCUAUGAAGGAUAA